GUCGAAAAAAAAAAUACAUAUAAAAAAUAUGCUUUUUUUUUCUUUUUCUUCUUUUUUCUUUUAUUAGUUUCGCUGUUUCUUUUUUCUUCUUUCCAGAAUUCAUUAUUAUUCGAGAAACCAAAAAGCCCAUUGUGUUUCCUUCUUAGCCUAUUUUAUCUCAUCAUUGUGUAAUAUACGAUGUAUGAAAAUGGGAGACAUAUCCGACAGAAUUUAGCAGCUUUAGAAAAUAGUCAUGAUCCUUAUCGUGCUGUACGCAAGAGUUUUAGAUCAGUGGAAUCUUCGGCAUCGGGUUCGGAUGGAAUCCAUUCACGCACGGCAUCCGAUAGCAGUACAA